CUGGUGAGAGAGUGCAUGGCCGAGUUCUUGGGGACUUUUGUCUUGCUGCUCUUUGGCUGCUCGGCAGCAGCGCAGGUAAAGACCAGCAGGGAGACCAAAGGCCAGUUUUUGUCAGUCAACAUGUCCUUCUCUGUGGGCGUGAUGUCAGCGAUGUACCUCACCAAAGGCAUUACAGGUGCCCAUCUGAACCCGGCCGUAACUCUCAGUUUCUGUGUGUUGGGCCAGGUGCCAUGGAGUAGGCUGCUGCCAUACUGGCUCUCACAGGUGCUGGGAGCAUAUGUGGCUUCAGGAGUGGUCUACUCGGUCUAUUAUGAUGCCAUCAUGGAGUUUAGUGGAGGAAAGUUGACUGUAUAUGGAGCAAAUGAGACAGCAUCAAUAUUUGCCACAUAUCCUUCUGAGUAUGUCACUUUGGGCAGGAGUUUCCUUGACCAGGUCGUGGGCACCGGCAUGCUGAUGCUAUGCAUCCUGUGUCUGGAUGAGAAGAGGAACACUCCCGCUCCCAGCCAGCUGAUUCCUCCUAUCGUGGCUGUGAUCGUCCUGGGCAUCUCCAUGUCCAUGUCAGGCAACUGUGGGGCGGCCAUAAAUCCGGCUCGCGAUCUAGGACCGCGACUUUUUAGUCUGACGGCAGGCUGGGGCUCUGAGGUUUUCACGUGUUACAACUACUGGUUCUGGGUUCCUGUGGUGGCCCCCCUUAUCGGGGGUGUUCUAGGAUCUGUUCUAUAUGUAAGCUUCAUCCACUGGCACCUCCCUGACUCAGACGCCCCCACAGAUGAGGACACGCCCUCCAUCACCAGUGACACUAUGAAGCAGCCUGCUAACAAACCACUAAUUGGCAUUGAGCUAAAGACUGCUUCAUUCUAAGACUUCCAUCAUGGACUUUUUCUACAUUUUAUCCUUGAAGUGAGCUUAAGAGACAGUCAGAGUGGCGGCAGCUUGUGUAGCCAAACCCCAGGGUUGUAUUUAUUUGUGAAAAAAAGAAAUAAAAAAGAAAUAAAUAGUGUAGAGACUACUGAAGCAAAAAAUUUGUUUUCUCCUGAAAUUAUUAAAUAAGAAGUAUUUAAUACAAUUUUAAAAUAAUGAUCAAAAUAUGUCUAACAUUUUAAUAUGAUUAAAAAAUGUAAUGUCCCCCUGGACACUACUAAAGUCAGCAAUAUCCAUCCAUCCAUUUUCUAUACCACUUCAUCCUCAUUAGGGUCGUGGGGGCAUGCUGGAGCCUAUCUGGGCGACAGGCGGGGUACACCCUGGACUAGUCGCCAGCCAAUGGCAGGGCACAUAUAGACAAACAACCAUUCACACUCACAUUCAUACCUAUGGACAAUUUAGAGUCGCCAAUUAACCUCACAUGCAUGUUUUUGGGAAUGUGGGAGGAAACCGGAGUGCCGGGGAGAAAACCCACGCGCACACGAGCGAACAUGCAAACUCCACAGAGAAAUGCCCAAGGGAGAAUCGAACCCAUCUUCCCGAUCCCGAUCUCCAGGCUGUUCCUGUGCUAACCACUAGACCACCGUGCGGCCCAAGUCAGCAAUAGUUAUUCUUAAAUCAUUGAGUAAAAAAAAAUUAUGUGAUACAUUUAAAAAGUGAUUAGGGAAAAAAAAUGAAAAUAAUGAUUAAAAUAUGUCUAGUACUUUAAUACACUUAAAAAUAUUCAAAUUAUUUAUUUGAAAUUGAUUUGAUCAAUUCAUUAUUGUAUCUUCCAUCUGAGUAUAUAUACUAUAAUAAUACAUUUUCUUACAUUAUUGAAUAAAAAAUCUGUAAUCAAUUUACAUCAUUAUUAAAAUAUGUAAACUAUUUUAUAAAAUGAAUGAACGUCAUUAGGAAUUGUGUUUCUUUAUUCUGGAGACUACUAAAGUUACAAAUAUUUUUUUCCUGAACUUAUAAGAAUAAAAAGUAUUUAAUAAAGUUAAAAGCUAUUACUACAAUAUGCCUCGUAUUUUAAUGCAAUGAUGAAAUAAUGUUAACAUUAUGCUAUGAUAUUAAAUUGUUAUCUCUCCCAUUUGGAGGCUGCUGAGGUUAAAAAUAUCAUUAUUUCUUAAGUUAUUGAAGAAAUAUUAUAUGGUAAACUCAGAAAUACUUACUGAAAUACGUGAAGUCUGUUGUAAAAUUAAUAAAUGUUAUUAUAUGAAUGAUGAUUGAAGCAUAUUUCUCAUUGUUUCC